AUCAGAGGCAUCCCUGCCACUAGAGCACCACUCAGGAUCUGCUUACACCAAACUCCAGUCCUAUCUGCUGACAGUUUAGGGCAGGUCCCAGCACUUGUUUUGUUCAGCACCAAGGCUGCUCCAGCUUACAAAGCCCAGUCAUCUCCUUUACUCUUUACUUUUUGUGCUUUUCCUUUCAGCUGCCUGGCUUGACAGCUUAACAUGGUUGCCACCUGCUUGCACCUAGUUGGAUUUGUCUCUAGUUUUGUUGGCUGGAUUGGUGUGAUCGUGGCAACAGCCACCAAUGAGUGGGUCGUGACUUGUGGCUACACCAUCACCACUUGCAGGAAGAUGGAUGAGCUGGGAUCCAAAGGGCUGUGGGCAGAUUGUGUCAUGGCAACAGGGCUCUAUCACUGCAAGCCACUAGUGGACAUCCUCAUAUUGCCAGGCUAUGUCCAGGCAUGCCGAGCACUGAUGAUUGCUGCCACAGUGCUGGGCCUCCCUGCUGUUUUCUUGCUGCUGACUGUUCUACCCUGUAUUCGGAUGGGUCAUGAACCUGGAGCUGCCAAGUACCGGCGUUCCCAGCUGGGAGGAGUCCUGCUCAUUCUCUUGGCAUUGUGUGGUAUCGUUGCUACUAUCUGGUUCCCUGUGUCUGCUCACCGUGAGACCACAAUUGUGAGUUUUGGAUACUCCCUUUACACAGGCUGGAUUGGAUCUGCCCUUUGCCUCUUUGGUGGCUGCGUCAUCGUCUGUUGCUCAGGAGAUGCUCAGUCGUUUGGUGAAAACCGUUUCUACUACGCAUCGGGAUCCAGCUCUCCUACCCAUGCUAAGAGUGCUCAUGUAUAAGCAACCAUGAGACUCCCCAGAGCCUUCAUCAUCACAUGCUUUUACUGGUUUCAGAGUAACAGCCAUGUUAGUCUGUAUUCGCAAAAAGAAAAGGAGGACUUGUGGCACCUUAGAGACUAACCAAUUUAUUUGAGCAUAAGCUGUAGCUCACGAAAGCUUAUGCUCAAAUAAAUUGGUUAGUCUCUAAGGUGCCACAAGUACUCCUUUUCUUUAUGCUUUUACUGGUGGACUUGGGUGCUUUGGGUUUGUUUGUACUGUUACACACCAUUGCCAAGCUCCACAGUGGAGGAUUUAAAAAAAACACAUCAUGAGUGCCUGAUAUUUUAAAGUAUGAAACCCCCACUUUUGCCUUAAAAGACACCUCUAGCAAAUCAGACCAGGCCAUGCCCCAUUUAUUUCUUGCUGAUUAUCCACCCUAACCUCUUGCAUUCAUGAUGCUCUUGGUAGUUCCACGUUAGCUGGUGGUUGUUUAGUUAUUCUUUUUUUCCAGCUCCCAUGAUUAUGGGAGUGUGGAAGAGACACUUUCCCACUGUUAAAGUGACUCUGAUAGCUUCUCUGAAUGCAUUACCAUAGACUUCUCCCCCACUCAAGGUCACUCCUUUGGCAAAGUUAGGAUGGAAACGGCAGGGACAGGGAGAGACUCUGUGCAUUCCAAGCACACAGAUGUUUCUCUUUUGUAAGAUUGGGGGUGGAGGGAAGGUUGUUUGCCUUUCUCUGUAAAUACUUCUUUUGGAAUUUGAUCAUUUUAGUAACAAUGUUUUUCUAAAUUCAUCAGUAUGAAGGAAAUGAAGCCCAAAGGUUCGAAUUACAAGGUAAAUGGUGCAUUUGUAUAUAGCUUUAAAUGACAUGAGGGGGCUCUAAUCCCCACUAUCCAUGUUUUUUUUGUACAGAUCGGUUACUAAAAAAAUGUAUUUUUACAUUGAUUUUUUAAAAAAAACAUUCUUUUCUUUAUUCCAAUUAAUUUGUGUUCUGACUUGCAUCCUUAAAAUGGAAGUUUUUUUUAACACACAGUAUAAUGUACCCGUUACAAAUACAGUAAAUUCCAGUGAAUACUGAUGAUGCCUUUGUACUUUAAAUGAAAUAUUGUACAAUAAACAAAAAAGUAUGUGCAAA